UGAUUGUCACGGGGAAGAGGUUGAUCAAAUGGAUGAGUUUGAAGAGGAAUCCGAGGAUGAAACUGAUGAGGAGAUUGCUCCUCAAGUGCAGAUUGAUGGUGAAUUACAAGGUGAAGGCGCUGCCAGAACUGAGCAUGCAGCAGAAUCUGUUGAAGCUCCUCAUGCCCAGGAGGAAAGAAGGGAGACUUCUCAGCAUUCCAGCUAUAGAUACUUCAUGGACCAAGAACCUAGAUACUUCUGCCGAUCCUUCUUAUCUCAUUUACCUAAAUGUGACUCCGUGGAGAGUAAUAUCUGUGAAACCUGGAAUGGAACUAUUGUUAAGUAUAGGGGAAUGAGAAUCAUAGAUAUGCUCGAGGGGAUUAGGGGUUACAUGAUGGAUCGAGUAGUGAUCAAGUUUAACAUGUUAUCUGCUACGACUGACUUGUUGUGUCCGAGAAUUAGAAAGAAGGUAGAAAAGGAGAAGGAGCUUGCUAGGUUGUGCAUAUCUAAGCAAACCUUGAAUUUGAAGUGUGAGGUUAAGAUGGGUAAUUCACGGUACAUAGUUGAUCUCCAAACAAAGACAUGUACUUGUGGGUAUUGGUCUCUGAGCGGUUUGCCAUGUUGCCACGCUGUUUCGGCAAUCACACACCUGAGGAAGGAUGUGGACGACUACGUCCAUCCCGCAUAUCAUGUGAAUAAUGUGAGGGAGGGGUAUAAGGUUGGCAUCCCUUGCUUGGAUGGAAGACAGGCAUGGCCUGAAGCCACUGGUUAUCCAGUAUUCCCUCCCAAGCAAAGGGCACAGCCUGGAAGGCCAAAAAAGAACCGGAGGAAAGCUGCUCACGAGCUUGAGGUUCGACCUCAAGCUCAAGGAAUUGGUGAAGAAGUGUCCAGGAGGGGAUCUGUCAUCCACUGCAGCAAGUGUGGAGGUGAGGGGCAUAAUGCACGGACCUGUAAAGCGCCUGUUUCAAAUGCUGCCCCCGAGAGACAGGGAAACACAAAUACAGCGAGGAGAACUCGCGGUUCAACCACUCAGCCAAUGCCACGGCCAACUGCUCAGCCAACAGCUCAAAACACCGGAAAGAGGCCAAGGCAGGGUCAUUGUUCGAAGUGUGGUUCAGCGACCCACAAUGCAAGAACUUGUCCUAUAAACCAAGGGAGUGGAAUACAACAUGUGAGGUUAAACGUUGAUGAUCGAAGGACAGUUGCACGCGAGAUGCGAGUUGCAACAGCUGGAAUCGGUGUGUAUGUGAAUGAGACGACUGGAAAUACAUAUGUUAGGAUGAACGGAGCAAAUGGUCGUCCAGUGGGUGGAAGUCAGCCAACAGUGGUGGAUGUACAAGGAAGUCAACCACCUGUCACACAACCUUAGAAGUU